AUGGCUGGAAACCAAACUCCUACGAGGUCGUGCUAUCCGAUGCACCUCCCUCACAAUGUUGCUACGAACAAGGCAGCUCGUUGUCCUCUGAAGUUCAAUGUUAAAACUCCCAAAGGUGUAUGGACUAUAGUUGAAGAUAAGGUACUCGUAGGCACUGCUGGGACUCGCAUGCCUUCCACGGUGAAGCCAUCUAUGCCAUUGGACUCGGGCAAAAGGAAGCCAGAAAUGCCUCUUGAUGGUCGAAGGUGGAAAAAGCAAAAGAUGUCCAUUGAUGAUCAAUGGCAAAGGAACAGAGUUUCUUUUGCUGUAACUAAGAAGCUGGAGGCUAAUGUUCCAGAGAUGUCUAUUGAUGAUCAGAGGUGUAAAAAGCAGAAGAUGGACUUCGAUGUGAAAGUUGAGUGCAAUAAGCUUUUGAAAGAAUUCAUGGAUCGUAGACUGGCAUGGGCGUUCACUAAGCCAGUCGAUCUAAUGAAGACUCCUGGUUACUUCAAGAAGAUUAAGAAUCCAAUGGAUUUAGGAACAAUAAAGCGUAAUCUGGAGAGGAACAUGUACUCUGAUGCAAAGGAAUUUGCUGAUGACAUGGUGCUGACUUUUAGGAAUGCAAUGUUGUAUCACUCUCAUACGGAUGAAGUUUAUCGCAAUGCAAGGCUAUUGAAUUGCAAUUUCAAGAGGAGGUGGGAAAUAUUGGCUAAAAAAAUGAAGUUAGUUGUAGCAAAAAAUCACCAAGUUAUGAAGCCAGCAGCUGCAGCUGGUCUGAUGGAAGCUCCCAAAGCUGAAAAACAUGGCUACUCAAGGCGUGUAUCACUAGAGAAAAAACUGAUGCUCGGAGCAGAGAUUAAGAAUGUAAGUAAGGUUUCUCUACAGUCUACACAUUGUGCUUUCCACUUUCAUCAAUUUGACAUAUAA